GUCAGACAUCGCUUUUGGUCAACAUACUGCUGCAGAGUUGCAAAGGCUACACGACUGGCAUCGUUAUUGCAUUUUCCCAGCUGCUACAGGGUGGGAUUUUUGGCGAACAGCGGGAUUGAGGAAUACAGGCUACACGUUUACUUUCCAGAUCCACCAGACCUACACAUGUUUGUUGUGCGCUUAUUCCUGAUUGGCUGUGAUCUUACCUUUCUCUUUGUUCUGUGCGAUGAAAUACAUUUACCCACGUGAGGUAUUAAUCGCGGGUAUUUACUGCAUUUCUCUUUGUUUAUAUCUUGUUCCGAAAUUAUUUUAGUAAACUUAAAAUAUUUUGAUGUGGGAAGGAAGAGAGUCGUUGCUGGUUCUUAAUUUGUUUUUGUAACGGAGAAGUUUCACGUCUGGCGUGUAUAGACUACAGGAACUUGUGGCGACAUGCCAGGAUUGUUUUCUAAUUAUCAUCUUCUGUGUGUAGGAGGGGUGUCUUCUGUUUACCCCGAGGAUAUACAAACAUCUCACCAGAUCCUUUUCAGAUUGAGGCAGUCUACUAUCCUACAGUAUAGCUUGUCUUGCCGCAUCUGCAUCUUAUUGGUUACAGCGGUGGGGUACCAGAGGGACAGAAGAGGUACACGGCUAUAAAACAGACUGUCCCUGCAGCUUGCUAGAGAGAGAAAGACGGAGACAGAGAGCAUCCUUAUGCGGGCCUACAAUAUAGUAGGCACACAGAUCGGAUAGUUUCGAAUUGGGCUAAUUAGAAUAGAUUUUGUAUUACUAUUUCGCCUCAGACUGGAAUAGUAGCGGAUGAUAAUUGGAAUAACCCAAAUAUGUAGCCUUCUACUAGAAAGACGCAUCGGAAAUUUGUUGUAUCAUAACACAUAUAUAAACUAAAAGGAAGCUACUGGAGACCCAGCCGAUCUUGGAGAUCACCUUCUAUUUGAAUUUCUCCGGCCCAAACAUGAAGGCAUCUACUUUCCUCCUCGCUUUCCUGCUCGCCGUCUCUGGGGCCACUCGAGUCACAAGAGAGACGACACCAGAGAGCCUGCUUGAAGAGACCAAUCGGAGUCAAGAGGGGGACCAGCUGGGGCUUGACCAGGGGAGUGUCCCCGGACAGCCUGCGGUGGAGAAGAACAUUUCAGAGGUCCCUUUCAAGCCCAUCCCCCCACGUUUAUACUACCCUCCCAUGUGUGUGAAGCCCACAGAGAUCAAGCACGUUUUCAAGUAUGUGAACACGGUGGUUUCCUGCCUUAUCUUUGUGGUGGGGAUCAUUGGGAACUCCACGCUCCUGCGCAUCAUCUACAAGAACAAGUGCAUGCGGAAUGGCCCCAACGUGCUCAUUGCUAGUCUUGCCCUUGGGGACCUGCUCUACAUUCUCAUUGCCAUCCCUAUCAACAUCUUCAAGCUGUUGGCAGAGGAUUGGCCGUUUGGGGUCUAUAUGUGCAAACUGAUGCCCUUCAUCCAGAAAGCAUCAGUGGGAAUCACGGUCCUCAGCCUCUGUGCUCUCAGUAUCAACAGGUACCGAGCAGUGGUUUCGUGGAGCCGUGUUCAAGGAAUGGGGAUUCCGCUGUGGAAGGCAGUAGAGGUGACGCUGAUCUGGGCAGUUGCCGUGCUCCUAGCUGUACCAGAGGCCAUUGCCUUUGACAUGAUGGAGAUGCUCUACAGAGGCACCAAGCUGAGGGUCUGCCUCCUCCACCCCCAGCAGCAAUCAGUGUUCAUGAUGUUCUACCGCGAUGUGAAGGACUGGUGGCUCUUUGGGUUUUAUUUUUGCCUCCCGCUGGCCUGUACAGGAGUUUUUUACACACUCAUGUCCUGUGAGAUGCUGAGCCGCAGAAUGGAGAUGCGUAUAGCACUCAAUGACCACAUGAAACAGCGUCGUGAGGUGGCUAAGACAGUGUUCUGCCUGGUGGUGAUCUUUGCCCUGUGCUGGCUGCCUCUCCACCUCAGCCGGAUCCUGAAGAAAACCAUCUACGAUGAGAAAGACCCCAACCGCUGUGAGCUGCUAAGCUUCCUGCUGGUAAUGGACUAUAUUGGAAUCAACAUGGCUUCACUAAACUCCUGCAUCAAUCCUGUGGCGCUCUAUUUCGUGAGUCAGAAAUUCAAGAACUGUUUCCAGUCCUGCCUGUGCUGCUGGUGCAAGAGGCCUACCCGAAACAUAACCCCCACCGAUGAGAAGGGAUCAGGGGGCCGUUGGAAAGGCCACUGCCAUGAAAACGGCCUGGACAGGAGCAGCUCCCGCUCCAGCCACAAGUACACCACAUCAUAAUCGAGAGGGGCAGUUUGGAGCCUGGCAGCCACAGCACAGCUCCUCCAACAGAUAGACUUCACUGGGGAGGGAAACCUGUGGCACAUGUUGCAGUGAAGCUCAUCUUGGGAAGCCUGAAAUCCCAUUCUUUUUCUCAGAUAGGCUCCACCAUGGCACCUGACGGAAGCAAAAAUCUACAAAAAACGGCCAACACAUUUCAUACUGGAAAUCCAGUCAGGGGCAGCUCCUUCGAACAAGAACACAAACACACCACGUCAGACUGACACUACAGCUCCGGGUGAAGCAAACCCAUUGCGGGAAUGAGAAUGGACAAAGGGAGGUAGAUACUGGGGUUUGACCAAAAAUUAGGAACACCUGUAUUCUCUGUAAGGUGUAGGGCCACCAUGCAAGGUGUUAAAAUUGUAGAGGAUGUGACACUUCCUCCAUGCUUGUGUCGGAGGAAAUCUGCAGUCAGCAAUCAUUUAUGCAGUCUUGCAUGCAGAAUCUCCUGCUAUAUAUCCUGUCCUAUCCAGCAUUCGACAAGAAGAUGAAUAUUGUAUAUCCGACAGACUACAUGUUAGGGAUUCCAUUUGAAUAACAAAUUAGUCAGUCAAGUAACUGUUGCUACAUAUUGCAGAUAUUCCUAAUUUUCUGCUCCAACCACCAAAUGGUUUGUAUAUAGUGUGGGAGGGGUUACACCCAACAUAUUUUUUGUCAGUUCAUAUCAGUAAUACUGACAAAUUAAUUAAUUCCUUGUUGUGUUUGCCUCUCGUCUGUCACCCAUUUACAGAUGAGUUACUUCUGAGACCUCAAACAGAGGGGUUAGUAUUCUAAAAAAACAGUGUUAAAAUUUUAGGAAAAAAGCCUUCUCUGACAGGGAAGGGGUGUGUGAUGGGUUAAGUAAAUGGGCUAGUCUUAAAUUAAUCAGCUAUGUUUGAAUCUGGGCCAGGAUGACAUCUUGGUUUGUGUAGCUGUCCUUCGUCGUGUUGCCAUGCAAGAGGAAACAGAAGCACAUCAACGUGCUUGAAGAAUAUAUCAAAGACUAUUUAAAACAAAUUAUAUAUAUAUAUAUAUAUAUAUAUAUAAUAUUUGUAAAUGUUAAUUAAGAUCCAUUUUAAAAAGCACAUUUAUAUAAUGCGUGCAAGUAUACAUUUUACUAGAUCAACCAUGUUAUUUUUUAUAGUGACAUACUUAUUAUGUAAUAGUUUGAGGAAAGUCAUAAUGGAUCAAGCCUUGACAGGAGGAAUUUCGUUUUUCAAUCCAAACUCUACCCAAUCUGAUGAGUUACCAAAUUCCUGCUGCUUCUUUCUUACCUGAGGGAUUGUGGGUGAUGAAGCCCAACUCUCUUCUCUCUUCUUAACUGUAACACAAAUCUAACAUGCAACUUUGAAAGCAUGCAGUAAGACACCCUCUGUUAACCAUAUGAUGCCUCCAAGUUUCAUUGCUCUACGGUGAACUAAACUUCCUAUCCUCGACUGCCGCAAGCUUAUUUGAUUAAAAAUAACUAAAAGCCUACAGUGAAUCUGGUCCUGAUUUUGAGUGUGCGACCGAUUUGGUCUUUUGGACUUCAAUCUAUAAAUCAAGGUUGGUGGAUUGAUUUGAGAAGCGAGCGUAAGCCCAAACAGACUCUC